CCAACGCUAGCGCACUCGUAAUCGAUAUCCUUAUUCCUGUCAAAUGGAUGAUAAUGGCAGCGGCGACGGUAGAUACAAUGUUGCAGAGCAAUGGCUUUCAGGCCAAAAAGAAAGAGGACAUCGACAAUAAGGACAACUUAUGGUCGUCUAUUCUGGCGGAAGUGCAGAACAGCGGCAACAAUAAGCUACCAUCGAAUAAAAAUGUCCUCGUUCUAGGUGACAAUGAGAGUGGAAAAACUACACUUAUAGCUAAACUGCAAGGCGUGGAGGAUCCAAAGAAGGGUUCCGGAUUAGAAUUCGCAUAUAUCGAUGUGAGAGAUGAUUACAGAGACGAUCACACAAGACUAUCUGUAUGGGUUCUGGAUGGAGACCCUGGUCACGCAAAUCUUUUGAGAUUUGCCUUGAACAAAGAGAGGUUUCCACACACACUUAUUAUGUUAGUCGCCGCGAUGACUACGCCAUGGGCUAUUCUCGAUCAGCUUCAAUCGUGGGCUGCAUUAUUAGGCGACCAUAUUGACAAAUUACCCUUAGAUAAUGAUACUAGGCAACGGUGCAGGCAGUUCAAUAUUAAGAAAUGGCAGGAUUACACAGAACCGGGAGACGAGCUGGAUCCUGGCAGUCCUUUGCGACGUACCAGUCGUAAUCUGGAUGACGACACUGCUGAAAGCUUACCUCUGCCGGAAGGAGUACUUACAACCAACUUGGGCCUAGACGUUGUCGUGGUUAUAACGAAAACCGAUUACAUGUCUACUCUUGAAAAGGAACAGGAUUAUAAAGACGAACACUUCGAUUUCAUGCAGCAGUGGAUCAGGCGGUUUUGCUUGCAGUACGGCGCCGGACUUUUCUAUACAUCAGCGAAAGAAGAUAAGAACUGUGAUCUGCUUUAUAAAUAUCUUACGCAUAGGAUUUAUUCUUUACCAUUUAGGACACCAGCUUUGGUCGUCGAAAAGGACGCAGUACUUAUACCUGCUGGCUGGGAUAACAUGAAGAAGAUUAGCAUCCUGCAUGAAAAUUUGCAAUCUAUGAAGGCGAAUGAUUACUAUCGCGACGUUAUUGCGCAGCCAGUGACAAAUCGGAAAUGUGUAGCCAGAGAAAUGGAGGUUCAGGCGGAGGAAGAGCAGGCCUUCCUCGCGCGGCAGCAAGCCGCUCUGUCGGGCAUGAAAGAUCCCACUCGUUCGCCAACGACUCGGAACCAGGCAAGCUCUGGGCCAGUUAUACAGGUGGCGUCGCCGAAUAAGAAGCUGGAUCCCAAGGGUACCGGCGCGACGCCGUCUGGGGAAGGUGUCCUAGCCAAUUUCUUCAAUUCUCUCCUGUACAAGAAGACUGGAGUGCCGCCCGGUUCGCCGGGAACGCCGGGCAGCGUAGGGACGAGUCCUUUGAAACUUGAUACUGCUUCUCCGGUAGACAAGGCAACGAUGUGCAACGAUGCAGCGGCGGAGUUAGACCGCCUCACUCGGACCAAGAAGCUUUCUCCACCUAAUCUAAACUCGUCGUCGGAAUGUUAAAGAUGACGCGCUUUUCCUUCGUGACCCGUUGAUAUGAUGAAGGUGAUAGUCGAAGCUUUGUUGCCAUUGGACAGAAUUCAAAGAUAAAUUUGGAACAUUCUGUAUAACGAGGUCUUGUUACAACUCUUGUUAUAACGAGAUCGAUCGUAUUGCGUGGACGCGUACGUGACGUGGAACACGAUGAACAGGCAUAACGGUGAAAUGGGUCGCAAAGAGGUAAAAUCUAGCUUGAAUCAAUCACAGUCUAACCCGAUCAAACCGCAGAGGGGGGAGGAUUUAAAAAAAAGAAAAGAUAAAAAAAUAAAAUAUAUGUAAUCUUCUGUCACGCAACUCUGCGACUUCGAUUAUCGUGUUUGACUAAAUAUCAGUAAUACAGAGAACAACUAGGAAGCUAUUAAAUUAAUGUAAUUAAAAUAUUUAAUAUAAUAAUACUACCGAGAUGUAUGCUUACGCACACGACCCAACGCCUGAACAUAGUAAAUUAUUUAGCAAUCGCUCGUAUAUACGCGAAAACGGAAGCGUUGUUCUUUUUUUUUAUCGCUAUAUUUACAUCUGAAUGCACAUCUUUAUCUCUUUUUUUUUUCUAAGCGAAUACUUUCAGUGUUUCGUGUCGGAUCGGUUUUCUUUCCGAGGCAGUCAUCACGACAGCUCGUCACUGCAUUCGGUCUAAUUUUUUUUACAACAUAAGUGCCGUUAUUGUUAAUGCGAACAUGUUGUACGAAUGCGUGAGAUAGUUUUAUACGAAUUGUCUAUAAAAUAAAAAUACGAGAACUCUUUUAACAGAAGACGCAGUGCAGUCUUCGGAUUUAGGGAUAGCUAAUGGUACGAGACUGGAAUGGAUGUUCAUAUCGUGCGUGUAAAUUCAAUACUUUCUUCGUAGAUUUUUAGCAGAGUACAUUAUUCAACCCAAGGAAAAAAGGCAAGUGAGCAGAAAUCUGUACAUUCAGUUAUCAAUAUAAAUGUGGCUCUAUAUAAAUGUAUAUGGAAAUGAAAAUUGUCGAAGAAAAUAAAUAAUUUUUCGUACAA